CGCCCACCCGAAAGUAGGGGAAAGGUCGGCGGUUCCGGCGCUGUGGCUGGAGCGGUAGGGCGACAGCAGCUGGAAAGCUGCAGAUACUGUGACUCAGACGGACCAUGGCAGACCAGGCAAAGCCCAUUAGCCCUCUCAAGAAUCUGCUGGCCGGCGGCUUUGGAGGCAUGUGCCUGGUGUUCGUGGGGCAUCCGCUGGACACGGUCAAGGUCCGACUGCAGACACAACCCCCCAGUUUGCCUGGACAACCUCCUAUGUAUUCUGGGACCUUUGACUGUUUCCGGAAGACUCUUAUGAGAGAGGGUGUCACGGGGCUAUAUAAGGGCAUGGCCGCUCCCAUCAUUGGGGUCACCCCCAUGUUUGCUGUGUGUUUCUUUGGGUUUGGAUUGGGGAAGAAACUGCAACAGAAACACCCAGAGGAUGUGCUCAGCUAUCCCCAAAUAUUUGCUGCUGGGAUGUUAUCUGGUGUAUUCACUACGGGAAUUAUGACCCCUGGAGAACGGGUCAAGUGCUUGUUACAGAUUCAGGCUUCUUCAGGGGAAACCAAGUACAAUGGUGCCUUGGACUGUGCAAAGAAGUUAUACCACGAGUCUGGAAUUCGAGGCAUCUACAAAGGGACUGUGCUUACCCUCAUGAGAGAUGUUCCAGCCAGUGGGAUGUAUUUCAUGACAUAUGAGUGGCUGAAAAAUACCCUCACUCCAGAAGGAAAGAGUGUCAGUGAGCUCAGCGUGCCUCGGAUCCUGGUGGCUGGAGGCAUCGCAGGGAUCUUCAACUGGGCUGUGGCAAUCCCCCCAGAUGUGCUCAAGUCCCGCUUCCAGACUGCACCUCCUGGGAAAUAUCCUAACGGUUUCAGAGAUGUGUUGAAGGAGCUGAUCAGGAAUGAAGGAAUCACAUCUUUGUAUAAGGGGUUCAAUGCAGUGAUGAUCCGAGCCUUCCCAGCCAAUGCAGCCUGUUUCCUUGGCUUUGAAGUCGCCAUGAAGUUCCUUAAUUGGAUCACGCCCAACUUGUGAGGCCAAAGUCUGCUCAAGUCUUCAAGAUGCUGGAAGCUGUCAUCAAGGAGGAAUAGUGGGCAGGACUGGGCCAUCCUGAAGGACGUGGGGGUGGGAUGGUGGGAUGAGAGCUCUGUGCAUGGACUUGUUGAGACCACUGCCUUAAUGACAAUGUCUCCCUGGUAUAAUUUGCCAUUUUGAAACUUGAAUUCACUCUUCUCAAUUUAAGGGAUCUCAUGGAGAUUUGGAGAUGGAGUAAGUAGCUUCUGGGCCAAAUACCACGUGUGGCCGGUGUUGACUACUGGCCCUACUACACAAAAAAUACUCCUCGAGGAAGAGGGAAUCUCACCCUCUCAUUGGAUACACUUGCAUGUUUUCAACCAGCUGACCAGGAGCUAGGGGCUUCUUUGAUCCCUAGCCAGGAACACUCACCAGAUUUCCAGGGUAUCAUUUAAUCCUGGCCUGCACAUGGGAAUGUGGACUUGAGGCCCACAUCUGCCUGUCCAAGUGGACUGAGCAAAUGUGCCUAGGGGGAGAUAGCGUGUUAACAGUCAGGUGGUUUUUUUUAAUGCAUGCAAAUAAUCAAAAUUAAAACUCGAGUAGCCUAAUUUCCCAGGAGUAGGUAGAGAGCUUUCCCUCCAACACAGUGAGGAGUUUUGAAUCAACAGUCCCAGCUUGCUAGGAUAAGUGAGAAAGCCAGUGUGUAGGGAGGCUCUUUUUGCACACUCUUCUCAUGAGAGCACCCUAUUUUAACAGGAAACAAUAAAUAUGUUUUCUAAUUUU